ACAGACAAAGCAGUUUCAGUUCCUCGGGGGCAUCAAUGGGUCUCGGAAUCCCCUGUAAUUUCUCUUUGUGCGCUUCAACUUGCCGGAAACCAGCCAUUUUCCGUGAUUUUUCUCCAGUUGGAAACAAAAGGCGCGUCCAUAAUCUGACGAGUAGAUGCUGGUCUACGAGAGCUGCACUUGAAACGGUGGCUGGGAUCUUUGACUCUGAACGCAGCCGGGGCUGUAUUUCGUCGUCGUCGUCGACGAUUCCGACACAUAAAGUCACAGUUCACGACCGAAAGGGAGGGCUUGUUCAUGAAUUCCUCGUUCCCGAGGAUCAGUAUAUAUUACACACGGCUGAAGCUCACAACAUAGCUCUGCCAUUUGCUUGCAGGCACGGUUGUUGUACUAGCUGUGCUGUUCGUGUAAAAUCUGGGAAAAUAAGGCAACCUGAGGCCCUUGGGAUAUCUGCUGAAUUAAAGUCAAAGGGUUAUGCACUGCUUUGUGUGGGUUUCCCGUCUUCUGACAUUGAAGUUGAGACCCAGGAUGAGGAUGAGGUAUAUUGGCUUCAAUUUGGAAGAUAUUUUGCACGAGGACCAGUCGAAAGAGAUGACUAUGCACUGGAGUUGGCCAUGGGUGAUGAGUGAUAAGAACUAGAAAAUCAAAGAUGUCUCACAGUAAGACGAGCAGAACUACUUCUACAUGCCUGCUUCCCCCAACUUCCCACCCGACAUUU